AUGGCAGCAGAUGCACAGCAAUUUGAGCUAACAGAAAUACCUAGUUUUUUAACCACAUCCUAGACAAGAUGACUCAGUUAUGUAAGAUUCCUUUUGAGGUGGAACCAUUGGAAGAGCAUGCCGUAACACUUGACAAAACCAUCUCCUUGUUAAGAAAGCUGGAAUAUUGUUUCCAGUUUGAUGAUAACAAGAAAACACAGUUGAAAAAAAUUACUUUCGCUUUUGAUGAUGUUUGACAGGGCUGGAACCAUUUAUUGUCUCCAGCUUCCAUUACCACAACAACUGUCGCCAACUUGGGCUCAAACAGACAAGCAAAUAUUUCUUCACCCGAGAGGCCAUCAUACAAUAUAUCUUCUGAAGCACUUGAGGAACUUUGUGGAUUCGGUUUCACCUGGGACAAAAUUGUUAAAAUAUUGGGUGUGUCGAGGUGGACUGUACUAAGAAGAGAGGAAAAAUUUGGACUACAACAGAUGAGAGAGUUUAGCAAUACAACUGACCAAGAACUUGAUGAAUUAGCUAGAAACCAUAUAUCUAAUCAUGGUGCAACAUCAGGUCAAGGGUACAUUGCAAGGUAUAUAAAGUCACUUGGACUAAGGGUACAGUGCAGGCGAAUAAUAGAGAGUAUGACUUGGGUUGACCCCAAAAAUACUGCUAUCAGAUGGGGUGCUCAAGUCUCACGAAGAACAUACCAGGUGCCAUGGCCAAAUUCUUUUUGGCAUCUGGAUGGCCAUCAUUCAUUAAUACGCUGGAAAUUAGUCAUACACGGAUGUAUAGAUGGAUUUUCUCGAAGAAUUAAGUUUCUCAAGUGCAGCUCUAAUAAUCUUCCCCAAACUGUCCUCGACCUCUUUCUUGAUGCAGUCAACAAAGAUGGAAAUCGUUGGCCCUCCCAAAUCCAAGUUGACAAGGGAGUAGAAAAUGUACUUGUCUGUGACACAAUGAUUGAGGCUAGGGGUGAAGGUAGGGUAAGUUUUAUUGCUGGACCAUCAACCCAUAACCAGAGAAUCGAAAGAUUGUGGAGGGAUGUUUAUAGGUGUAUCUGUCAUCAGUACUACUACAUUUUUUAUGCUAUGGAAUCUACAGGUCUUUUGAAUAGAGAUGAUCCUCUACGACUAUUUACUUUACAACUUAUCUUUCUCCCAAGAAUAAACAAAGCACUGAGGGAGUUUUUAGAAGGAUUCAAUCAUCAUAAGGUGCGCACAGAAAAGAGUUGGUCUCCUUAUCAAAUGUGGCUGAACAUACAUACAUACAUACAUACAUACAUACAUGACCUUUAUUUAAGUGUCUAAUCGUUCUAGUGCCUAUUGGCACUAAUUGGGGACACCUUUAAGACUAAUAAAUCUAAUUAAAAACUAUGAAUCUUAAAAGCAGGAAAAUAACAUUAUUCAGACUAAGUACUUUUCUACACUUUAAAACUAAGUUACAAUUUUACUCUAUAACACUUUGUAGCAGGGUGCUGAAUUCACAAUGUAAUAUAUGAGCUUGGACACUAAAAAUGACUAUGUAUAAAUAUGCGUACGUCAAGUUAACUUAAGCAUAAGCGACAUUCACUCCCACAUCCUUUGAGAAAUGAUGUUACAUCCUUCUUACGUAUAGUUGUCCUAAAAGUUGCCAAAGUUCCAAUAUUCCUCUCUUCCUUGCUUAAUUUUGACCACAAUUGUGGUCUAAGAAAUCUAAGAGAAUGUCUUCCAUAAGUAACACUUUUAAACCGAGGUAAGACAAAAUCUGCAUUUCUUAGGUUGUAUCCCUUAUUAUUAGUAUUCUCAUCGUUGAUAUUAAAAAUGUUUGCGAUUUUGUUCGUUGUUAAUUUGUUUUUAACUUUAAACAUCAAAAUUAGUAUAUCCUGCAACCUCCUAUUUUGCAAAGUAGUUAAUUUAGCUCUUUUUAGUAAGGUGUCAUAACUUUCGGCAGUAGUAUUAUACACUAAUCUUAAGGCUCUUUCUUGUAGACGCUCCAAUUUACGAUUAUCAGAUGCCGUGCAAAAAUGCCACACUAGGUGGCAAUAAGUAAGGUGUGGCAUGAUAGCUGAUUUGUGCAAAAGUAACUUGGCAUUUACUGGGAUAAGAUUUUUAAGCCUUCUUAAAACUCCGAUCAUACCGGCAACUUUCUUACACACACUACGUAAAUGAUCUUUAAAGUUUAGGUUUUCGUCUAGGGUUACACCUAGGAUCUUGAUGGAUUGUGACUGUUCAACUUUUUUGCCACAUAUAUCCAGAUCAGUGUUCCUCUCACCUUUUGGAUUUCCCAAAACCAUAGCUUGGUAUUUAUUGCAAUUGACCUUUAAAAGAUUAUCUUGAUACCAUUUAGUCAUCUUCUCUCCAUUGUCCACCAGUAUCUUCUCCACUCUUUUCAUUGUUUCAUGUGCUACAAAGACCUGAUGGUCAUCCGCAUACAUCGAGACAUUGGCAUCUGAUAUUAUGUUAGGCAAAUCGUUCUGGAAAAUAUUCCACAUAAGUGGUCCAAAUGUGCUUCCCUGUGGACAUCCUCUCUUCAUCACAAUCCAGUCGCUUAUUACAGAACCUAUCCUUACUCUAUUCUCUCUUCUCGAUAAUAUGAUCGUAUGAGCCGUAUGGCUUUGUCAGAGAAAUUGUAGGCUUGUAGUUUAUUUAGGAGUAACUGAGGGCUAAGAGAGUCAAAAGUCUUGCUCAUACCCGAUGACAAUAUACCGACAAUUAUCUUGCUGUCUAGUUCUGCUCUCCAUGUUUCGGUCAGCCUUAUCAGCGUGGUCUCACAGCUAUUCUUUGUACAAUAGGCAGUGAUAGCAUCACUGAGUCUGUCAUCCAUAACCUUACUGACUUGUUGGCCCUGCAAUAUUUCAUAGACUUUAUUUACGCAUGACAGCACCGUGAUAGGUCUAUAGUUUGUAUCCCUUUGUUUAUCAUCCUUCUUAUGUACCGGUAUCCAUUCUCCACGCUUGAGCUUUGCUAUCCAUUCUCCAUUUCUAAUUGCUUGGCUAAAAAUCACAGCAGGAGACGAAGCUAACUCAGUGGCGCCUACUUUAAGGAUCUUAGGGUCGAUUCUGUCAUAUCCCCUUGACUUAUUGGGGUUUAGGUCGCUCAUGACUUUUCGCAAUUCUUCGCAUGUAAUUUCGUUAAAUUCAAAGUGGUUUUCAUGUAAAUCUCUCUUGAUAAGAUAAGUCGAAAUAUUAAGAAGAGAGUUGUGAUUCAUGAAAUCACUCUCUACACAGUCAUUUACGUGGUCCCCUCAGCCAUAGUGGAGAAAAAAUUAGCAAAGUGGUUAGCUACUUUGGUUUGAUCCCCCUCCAACACAUCCUUAACUUUCAAGCAUAUAUCACUGCUGUUUCCCUGUUUGUUCUUGGAGUCAGUGAAUGGUCUAAACGUUCUGUAGAACUUCCUCGGAUCAGACUUGACAUUAUCUGAUACUUUUUUCCAAUACUGCCUAAUUGCUUUUCUUCUUUCUUUGGUGGCUUCAUUGCGCCACUUCCUCUUCAAUUCAAAAUUGUCUUGUGUGGGGUUUUUCCUGAAUUUCUUUGAGAAGCGUCUUUUAGCUUUGAUAGCAUUUUUCCACUCUCUCGUCAUGUAAGGUACAUUAUGUGCCCUUACUUUUAUGUCCCUGGUAGGUAGAUGAUCAUCCACAAUCUUAUUUAGCAGUGCCUCCCAAUACUCGUAAUGUUCAUCAACAGAUUCGAAACUCUCACCCACAUGCCAAGGGGCCAUUUUCAGAUCUUCAGAACGGAAUGCUGCAUAGUGAUAAUCCCCUUUCUCAUGGACUAUUGGAUGAAGAACCGAGUGAUGUCAACUUCUAUGGCUACGAGGCUCAUGGACCAACUUGUUUGGGGGAUGACAACAAUGUUGUUCUUGAGCCUAUUGAGUUUGAGCACAUUGAGCUGUUGGAAUCGUAUGUUUUGGCUUCUGUUGAUCCCUUGGCAGAUUCUAAUGACAUGGGAGUUGAUUUAUUCUGCAAGGCCUUGUCUAGUGCAAGCAAAAGUACAAGAAAUUUAUGCAAGUUGACACUUAAAUCACAU